CCUGACUGGCCUGGAACUCCAUAUGUACACCAGGCUGACCUCAAAUUCACAGAGAUUCUGCCUAAAGGCAUGCAGCUCCAUGCCAGGCCCCUAGCUCCCUUUCUUAUAUAGUCCAGGAUCCCCUGCCAGGCAAUGACCCUACCCACUUUUAGUUUAGGUCUUUCUGCUUCAGUUAACCCAGUUAAGAUAAUCCCCCACAGGGAUGCUCAAAGGCCCAUCUCCUAGGCGAUUCUGGAUUUUCAAGUUCACAGCACUAACCAUCACAGCAGGAAAACUCUUGGGCCAUAGCGGCACACAAAGAACUGCGAUGCUGCCCAGGCUGUGAAAAGGGGAGGCAGCACUGUGGGGGCUGCCAGCAGCCGGGGCUGGAGAGAGACAUGUGGACACGUAGCCCCUAUGGCUCCUGCCUGCCAGAUCCUCCGCUGGGCCCUCGCCCUGGGGCUGGGCCUCACGUUCAAGAUCACACAUGCCUUCAGAUCUCAAGAUGAGUUCCUAUCCAGUUUGGAGAGCUAUGAGAUUGCCUUUCCCACACGUGUGGACCACAACGGGGCACUGCUGGCCUUCUCGCCACCUGCCCUCCAGAGGCAGCGUCGGGGCACAGGGACUGCAGCAGAGUCCCGCCUCUUCUACAAGGUGUCCGCACCCAGCACCCACUUCCUGCUGAAUCUGACCCGCAGCCCCCGUCUACUGGCAGGGCACGUCUCCGUGGAGUACUGGACACGGGAGGGCCUGGCCUGGCAGAGGGCUGCCCGGGCCCACUGCCUCUACGCUGGCCACCUGCAAGGCCAGGCUGGCAGCUCCCAUGUCGCCAUCAGCACCUGUGGGGGCCUGCAUGGCCUGAUUAUGGCAGAUGAGGGAGAGUACCUGAUUGAGCCUCUGCAAAGUGGGCCCAAGGGUCGCCGUGGCCCAGAAGAGAGUGGCCCCCACGUGGUAUACAAGCGUUCCUCUCUGCGUCAUCCCCAUCUAGACACAGCCUGUGGAGUGAGAGACGAGAAACCGUGGAAGGGUCGUCCUUGGUGGCUGCGCACCCUGAAACCGCCACCUGCCAGGCCCCUGGGGAAUGAAACAGAGCGAGGCCAGCUGGGCCUGAAGCGCUCAGUCAGCCGAGAGCGCUACGUGGAGACCUUGGUGGUGGCCGACAAGAUGAUGGUGGCUUACCAUGGACGGCGAGACGUGGAGCAGUAUGUGCUGGCCAUCAUGAACAUUGUUGCCAAACUUUUCCAGGACUCGAGUCUGGGAAACAUCGUUAACAUCCUCGUCACUCGCCUUAUCCUGCUCACUGAGGACCAGCCCACCCUGGAGAUCACCCACCACGCCGGGAAGUCCCUGGACAGCUUCUGUAAGUGGCAGAAAUCCAUCGUGAGCCACAGCAGCCAUGGCAAUGCCAUCCCAGAGAAUGGCGUGGCCAACCAUGACACAGCUGUGCUCAUUACACGCUAUGACAUCUGCAUCUACAAGAACAAACCCUGUGGCACACUAGGCUUGGCUCCCGUGGGUGGGAUGUGUGAGCGAGAGAGGAGCUGCAGUAUUAACGAAGACAUUGGCCUGGCCACAGCCUUCACCAUUGCCCACGAGAUCGGGCACACAUUCGGCAUGAACCAUGACGGUGUGGGGAACAGCUGCGGGGCCCGUGGCCAGGACCCGGCAAAGCUCAUGGCAGCCCACAUUACCAUGAAGACCAAUCCGUUUGUGUGGUCCUCCUGCAGCCGCGACUACAUCACCAGCUUUCUGGACUCGGGCCUCGGACUCUGCUUGAAUAACCGACCUCCCAGACAGGAUUUCGUGUACCCGACGGUGGCUCCUGGCCAGGCUUACGAUGCCGACGAGCAGUGCCGAUUCCAGCAUGGAGUCAAAUCGCGUCAGUGUAAAUACGGGGAGGUCUGCAGCGAGCUGUGGUGUCUGAGCAAGAGCAAUCGGUGCAUCACCAAUAGUAUCCCAGCCGCUGAGGGGACUCUGUGUCAGACGCACACCAUCGACAAGGGGUGGUGUUACAAGCGAGUGUGUGUCCCUUUUGGGUCUCGACCGGAGGGCGUAGAUGGAGCCUGGGGGCCGUGGACUCCGUGGGGCGACUGCAGUAGGACAUGUGGCGGUGGCGUGUCAUCUUCCAGUCGUCACUGUGACAGUCCCAGGCCUACCAUCGGGGGCAAAUACUGUCUGGGGGAUAGACGGAGGCACCGUUCCUGCAACACCGAUGACUGUCCCCCUGGCUCCCAGGACUUCAGGGAAAUGCAGUGCUCUGAAUUUGACAGUGUUCCUUUCCGUGGGAAAUUCUACACGUGGAAGACUUAUCGAGGGGGGGGCGUGAAGGCCUGCUCACUGACUUGCCUAGCAGAAGGCUUCAACUUCUACACGGAGAGAGCAGCAGCUGUGGUGGAUGGGACACCCUGCCGCCCAGACACAGUGGACAUUUGUGUCAGUGGCGAGUGCAAGCAUGUGGGCUGUGACCGGAUCCUGGGUUCUGAUCUGCGAGAGGACAAAUGCCGAGUGUGUGGGGGUGACGGCAGUGCCUGUGAGACCAUCGAGGGGGUCUUCAGCCCAGCUUUGCCAGGAACUGGAUAUGAGGACGUCGUCUGGAUCCCCAAAGGCUCUGUUCACAUUUUCAUCCAAGAUCUGAACCUGUCCCUUAGUCACCUGGCCCUAAAGGGGGACCAAGAGUCUCUGCUACUGGAGGGGCUGCCUGGGACCCCCCAGCCUCACCGCCUGCCCCUAGCUGGGACCACCUUUCAUCUGCGUCAGGGGCCAGACCAGGCCCAGAGCCUAGAAGCCCUGGGACCCAUUAAUGCAUCUCUCAUCGUCAUGGUGCUGGCCCAGACAGAGCUGCCUGCUCUCCGCUACCGCUUCAAUGCACCCAUUGCCCGGGAUGCGCUGCCUCCCUACUCAUGGCACUAUGCCCCCUGGACCAAAUGCUCAGCCCAGUGUGCAGGCGGCAGCCAGGUACAGGUGGUGGAGUGCCGAAAUCAGUUGGAUAGCUCAGCCGUGGCCCCCCAUUACUGCAGUGCCCACAGCAAACUGCCCAAGAGGCAGCGUGCCUGCAACACAGAACCGUGCCCACCAGACUGGGUUGUAGGAAACUGGUCACGCUGCAGCCGUACCUGUGAUGCUGGUGUGCGCAGCCGCUCGGUGGUGUGCCAACGCCGCGUGUCAGCUGCAGAAGAGAGAGCCCUGGACGACAGCGCCUGUCCACAGCCACGCCCACCCGUGCUCGAGGCCUGCCAAGGCCCAGCGUGCCCUCCUGAGUGGGCAGCCCUGGACUGGUCUGAGUGCACCCCCAGCUGUGGACCCGGCCUCCGUCACCGAGUUGUCCUUUGCAAGAGCGCAGACCACCGGGCCACUCUGCCCCCAGCACACUGCCCUCCCUCAGCCAAACCGCCAGCCACCAUACGCUGCAACCUGCGCCGCUGCCCUCCUGCCCGCUGGGUGGCCAGCGAGUGGGGCGAGUGUUCUGCGCAGUGUGGACUUGGCCAGCAGCAGCGAGCCGUGCACUGCACCAGCCACACUGGCCAGCCAUCUCGGGAGUGCACUGAGGCCCUGCGACCGCCCACCACACAGCAGUGCGAAGCCAAGUGUGACAGCGUACCCCCGGGGGAUGGCCCCGAAGAAUGCAAGGAUGUGAACAAGGUGGCGUACUGCCCCCUGGUGCUCAAAUUUCAAUUCUGUAGCAGAGCCUACUUCCGCCAGAUGUGCUGCAAAACCUGCCAAGGCCGCUAGGGGGCAUGCGGUACCUGGAGCCACCUCGGAGCAAGGCUGAGGCUGGGGAGCCCCACAGAAGAGGGCCUGAGGGGGAGGGAGGCUGGGAUUGAAUGGUGAGGUGCAAUUGAAAGUUAUUUAUUGGGAAACCCCCAUAGGACUCCUAGUUAGGGAUAAAGAAGAGCUGUCUACCCUAUGUCUGCCCUAAGGGCCCUCUCCAGCUCCUUGCCCAGUUGACAGUGGACAGAUAGGGCAGCCUCAGCACGCACUGCACCCACUGUUAAGUCUUCAACACUACCCCCACCCUUUGAUUGGAAUACAUACUGUGAAGAGUGGGGGUGGGGAGGGGGUGUGCUAGUGCCCUGCCCCCCAGCACUGUUCUACCCCUCCACUCUAAGCUGGGGGAGAUCUAAAUCUGCUGAGUGGGGUUAGCACCAUCUCCCUGUGACCCUUCCCAUAACUGACCACCGGGAAGAGCUAUCCCAACCUCUGCCCUGCCUGCCCCCAGGGAGACCCUAACAUCCAGACCACCCCCCAUCAUGGUGCUACAAGCCCUGCCCUGGGGCCCACACACUCCUUACCAGGAAGCUCUACAUCAAUAAAGUUCUGUCUUGUGUAGAUUUCUGA